AUGUUGGUACUCCUUAUUGCCCUUUCAUAUGUGGGAUAUCAAGUACUCCGCAUUGGUCGACGAUCGAAGCAUUUGCCUCCUGGUCCACCUACAGUUCCAAUUUUCGGUAACAUGCUAGAAUUCAGAUCAAAGGCAAGCCAUCUACUACUACACGAAUGGCACGCCAAAUACGGUCCCAUCUUCUCCUACACAAUCGGCCGCGACGUCUACAUCGUCCUCUACGACCGCCACAGCAUCCACGGCAUCCUCGUCAAGAAGAGUGCGAUAUCCUCGCACCGCCCGAUAGAGUAUUACACUGACCUCGUCACCGGCGGACAUAACCUAUCAGAAAUGAACCCAAACGAGACGUGGCGGGCUCAGAGAAAACUGGCGACGCAGAGUCUGGCACCCUCAAUCUUGGACAGAGAUUUGGUGGAUAUCCAAGACGCAGAAGCCACGCAACUAUUAUACGAUCUCCUCCACACGCCCGACCAAUUCCGCUCGCACGUCUUCCGCGCGGCCACGAGCAUCCAAAGCGCAGUCGUGUACGGCCACCGCGCCGCGACCCACGACGACUUCUGGGCCAAGUUCAUCUACGACGCCCUGAGCGACAUGGAGCGCACGAUAUCGCUCGGCUCCUUCAUCCCCGUCGGACUCUUCCCACCGCUACGAUAUCUCCCCGACGCUCUCGUCCCCGCCAAACGCCGCGCGAAGCAGUGCUAUAAACGCGUGUUACGCAUCUUCAGCGAGGCGCUCGACCGCGUGGAGGAUCGACGGUGCGUGGGCGAUAAGAGGAUUAGUAUUGCAGAUAGCUUGUUGGGUGGGGAGGUGGAGUUGGAUGUGGAGCAGUCGAGGGAGCAGGUUGCUAAUUUUCUGGGGUCGUUGCCGGAUGCGGGGACGGGGACUAUGAUUCUGACGCAUGUAUUGCAUUUGGCGAUGCAUCCGCGUGAGCAGGAGAGGGCGUGGGAGGAGAUUGACAAGGCGUGUGGGAGCAGGUAUUACAGGAUGCCAAACUGGUCCGACUUUGACGCACUUCCAUGUGUUAAUUGCAUAAUCAAAGAGGGCCUUCGUAUCCGCCCAUUCGUCCCCUUCAACGUAAACCACCGUCUCUCCAAACCAACAACAUACGGCCCCUACCACCUCCCAGCUAACAGUAUUCUCGUCCUUCCCAUAUGGGGAAUCCACCACGCCCCUGAAAACUACACGGAAUCAUGGAAAUACAACCCUUCCCGCUACGUAGGACAGAACAAGCUUGCAGCAGCGUAUGCAGCUUCUCCAGACUAUGCGAACCGCGAUCAUUACACGUACGGUAUUGGGAGAAGGCUAUGUCCGGGUAUCCAUGUUGCGGAAAGGACGCAGUGGAGGGUGGUUGCGAAGUUGCUUUGGGCGUUCAAGAUUGAGCCGGUGGGGAAGGAGGGAUGCGAUUUGGAUGCUUAUGAGGAGGGAUUGGUGCAUUGUCCGAAGCCGUUUGAGGUACGAUUCGUUUUGCGUGAUGAGCGUAGGAAGGAGCUUAUCGAAAGGGAGUAUGAAGGUAUAAGGGAAUAUCUGGAGACAUGGAAUUAA